AUGGUCACGGCGCCUGAGUUCGGCUCUGCCGAAGCCCGCAAUGUUCGCGAAACAGACGCUCUGUUGCCGGCAGUCGGGCGCAGCAGUCUGGCCAACGGUGACCACGGCAACAACGACAACUGCGAUGACAGCGGCGACUGCGACACCAUAUCCGACAAUGCAACUGUCACACAUAUUGGCCCCAGUCGUGCUGCUGCCAUUGCCGUCAACAUGGGCGUCCUCCUCUUUCUGCAGGCCAGCAAUACGAGCGGCAUGACCAUGGCCCAGUCCGCCAUCGCCGACGACCUCGACGCAUAUGAGCACGCCAUGUGGUUCUCCAGCGCCUACCUCAUCUCCGUCGCCUCCUUUGCGCCGCUGGUCGGCCGUCUCGCCACCAUCUUUCCUGCCGGCCAUUUGUUGCUCGGUGCUGGUAUCUGCUUUGCUGCCGGAGCCCUCAUCACUGCUUACGCCAAUUCCCUGUCCGUCUUUCUGCUCGGCCGCGUCAUUAUCGGCAUCGGUGGCGCUGGCGUCAUGACCCUGUCGCUCAUCUUGGUCCUCCAGCUCGCCGAUCGCCGUCGUCGAGGUCUCUUUGUCGGCAUGGUCAACGCAGCCUUCACCGUUGGUCUGUCUGCUGGGGCCAUUGUGUAUGGUGCCCUUCUCCCCAUCAUGAGCUGGCGUACCUUGUUUCUCGUCCAGGCGCCCAUGGCUCUGAUUGCCGGUGUCUUGGUCUUCUUCAGCUUGCCGCACCUCUCCCAGCAUCAACCGGAUGGGAAAGGCCGCUCUGUCUGGUACAGGCUGGCUCGCAUCGAUUAUGCCGGCGCCUUCUUCCUGACCCUCACCAUCGUCCUCCUACUGUACUCCCUGUCCGGCACCUGGCGUCCGCUGGCGAUGCUUGCAUCUGUUACCAGUCUUGUAUGCUUUGUUGCCAUCGAGUACUGGCUUGUGCCAAACGUCUCCGGUGGCGAUCCCAUCAUCCCGCUCGAGCUGCUGCGUUCCCGCGGCGUCCUGUUUUCCUGCCUCGCGCAACUCGGUGUCAUGGCUUCUCGCUGGUCUGUCUUGUACUAUGCUCCCAUUUUUGUCUUGACCGUCCAAGGUCAGUCGGCUGCCGUCGCCGGCGCUGCCCUCAUUCCAACAAAUGUCGGCUUUGGCACCGGUGGUCUGCUUGUCGGAUGGCUCCAUAUCCGUCGCGCUGGUGACUUCUGGCUGCCGAGCGUCGUCUCCAUAUUCCUGUUCUGUUGCUCGCUCGCUGCCGUCGGUCUGCUUAGCCGUGCAUCCGAUUCUUUCAGCGCCGGUUGGUAUAUGCUCUCUCUCUUCACCAAUGGUUUUUGCACCGGCGCAUUUCUCAACUAUACCUUGGCCCAUCUUCUGCAUCUGACCCGCCCUUCCACCCAUUUCGUUGCGACAAGCUUGUUGGCCACCUUCCGUGGGUUCUCUGGAAGCUUUGGCACCUCCAUUGGCGGCGGCUUCUUCAUGCAACAACUGGGUGUCCAGCUGGCCACAGGUUUCACUGAGCUAGAUGGUGGUAACCUGACUGACGCUCAUACUGCCAUGAUUUCUCGCCUGAUAGGAAGCCCGGCUCUGGUGCAUGGCUCGGAUGGAAACGGACGUCCUGUGCUAACCAAUGCCGAACGCCAAGUUGCUAUCGCCGGUUAUGCUGCUUCGCUGGGCACUUUAUACCACGCUGCUGCUAUUGUUGGUCUGCUGAUGCUAGUAGUCCAGGCAUGCACUGGUUGGGCCGAGCCAAAAUCACGCGCCUCCACAGAAGGCGGUGGCCUCCAACAGGGUGCCAAAGAUGACGAAGAAGAAGAUGAGGAGGAGAUCCUUGAGGCCAUUGCUGAGCAUAAUGGUGCCAUGGAAGCCUGA